AUGUUUGGCUUAUUUGGCAGAAAGAAACCAAAGGUAUUACGCGAAUUCACCCAUGGAACGACAAAACUUCAAAUUGUGAGAAAUUCAAUCAGUAAAGAGAAUGUUGGAGCGAUUGUUAACAUCACAAAUGCCACUUUAGAUCAACCAGAUGGAGUUGCAAAAGAAAUAAUAAGCAAUGGAAGCCACCAGAUGCUGCUUGAGUGUAGAAAGUGGGUAAUGGACAAUGGUCAGCUUGCUCCUGGACAUAUAGCCGUAACAUCAGGAGGAAAACUUGCAGCAAUUCAUAUUAUGCACCUUUCAAGCCCCACAUAUCAAAGAUCGCUACCUGGACAAGACUCAAAUCUUAUCCCAAUGAAGAAUUAUGAUAUAAUUUUAGUAAAUUUGGAUAUAUUAGAACCUAUUGUAGCCUAUUAAUUUAGAAUUUGCCUUAUAAAUUAAAUCAAAAAAUAAAAAAUAAAUACUUGGGGAAUUAGAGAACUGAUAUGAAGCGUCCUCACAAGAGGUGAAGAAUUGGGAAUAAAUUCUAUAGCAUUACCUCCAUUUUGUAUAGGCGCAUUUGGUUAUCCCCUUGAUAUAGUUGUUCCUGUUAUGCUAGAUACAGUUCAGCAAUAUCUUCUUUCCCAUGAAGGUACCAAAUACAACUUAUCCCCCUAUCUGAAUUGAAUAAAUCUCAUUAUUCAAUCAAUGAUAGGGCUUGACAAUAUUUUUAGUAAAAAAGUAGUUAAAAAAUUUUAUAUUAAAUUUUUUUUUUUAUAAAAUAUUUAAUUAUUUUCUCCACAAGAAAUAAAGCAUGUAAGAUACCAGAAAGUAUAUUAGAAGUUGAAUUGGAAUUUACCAGGAAACAUACUUUGUAUCUUGAUUAUUCGUUAUUAUCAAAGAUAGGCAGUUAGAUUUGGUGGAAGGAUCAUUUUCUCCAUAUGAAAAUUGUUUUGAUCAAUAAUGAGGUCUAAUUUUCCAAUUUUUAGGAAUUAUUCAAUUAAAUCGUUCGAUCAAAGAUGACAGCUAGUUAGUCAAAUUUGCAAGCCAAGAAAAAUCUGUAUAUGAAGUCUUUGUAAGUGAGUUUGAAAAAAGAUGGCCUGACUCAAUCCCUCAAGGCAAAAAGAAAGCUAAGAAGACUCGACAGCUUGCCUCGUCUCUAACCCCAGGAAUGGAUAGACUUGUUGAACGUGAAAUAGAAAGGCAAAGAGGUACCUCUCCUAAGAUGCAAAAAGCUAAAGCAAAGCCUGCAAAGAAAUCUAAAAAGGGAGAAAAGAAUGAUCAAGAUAUCGAGCUCAAAGAUGGAGUUAACAUGGAGGCUUUAAGAAGUGUCCCUUAUAAAGAAGAUAGAAUCUAAUCUUUAUUUAAUAUAUAAGAUGUGGAGUAAUUAAUAAAAUGCCCUAUUAAUUCACACAAUAGUUUACUAAUUUUUGGGAAAAAAGACCCGCUAAAUAUAUCCAAAGAAGAUUAA